AUGGAUCCUCACGAUCCACCCGAGUCUCAACCUCGACCUCAACCUGAGGAUGAAACCGCUACUCCAUCCACCGAAACCGACGAGCUAGACCUCCCAGAUGACAUGCUCGCCGAAAUCGACACCGUCCUCCAAAACACCCCAGCCCCACCAAUCGACCCCAUCAAUACGCCCCCAGGAAGACGAGUCGCUCUCCUCCGCGAAUCCCAAUGGACCGUGAGAGUCCCCCCAUGGCGAGAACUCAUGCUCCUCACACCACUCCGCGAACCCAUCAACAACCGCAUCAUCAACAUCCAAGAAGCGUUUACCCUGAAGAGUUUCCUCGAUUCGCGAAUCCGCAAGCGCCAUGCCAUGCUCGCUCAGGCUGUCGGUGUCAAGGCCAAUCCGCCAUGUGUGGAGAGGCAAAAACGGAAAGACGCGGAAGAGUAUGAGAAGAUGAAGCAAAAUGGUGGUGGACAGGUUCAGCAGACAUUCACUAGCGUGUGGAAGCUUCCCAAGAAGUGA